AUGAGCAUCAUCUUUCGUCUCACCUAUCACACUUGUGUUCCUCUGGAUCUCCUUACUAAAACAGCGAUAGAGUUGCAACCUACCCAUACAUGCAAUAUGGCCGCCCCCUCUAGAGUGCACGCCUCGAAGUUACUCCAUCUGCCGACUAAGGUCAUCCAGCUUAUUGUGGAUCACCUGUGGCCCGAAGAAACGAUAUCGCUUCUCAUUGCAGUCCCAAAGUUCGCCAAUCUCGUGACUGCUGAGCAACUGCGGUAUCAAGACGAAUGGGGCUAUACCAUAUUGCACUGGGCCGUUGAUAAGAACGCUGAAGCCAUUGUCAACCUCUUUGCCAGACGUUGUGCUGAGGACCAGGUGGCUACUUGCCAGGGCUAUACGCCUUUACAUCUUGCUAUUUCUGAAGGUCGCAACAAAACUGCUAAAACGCUUAUCAAUGCUGGUUUUGACUUGUUGGCCCAGGAUCGACUAGGAAGGACUCCGCUUCAUUGGGCCUGUUCUGAAAGCUGGAGGGACAACAAUUUUACUGAAAACGUCCAGCUCAUGCUCGCUAAGGCGGCCGACCCUUCGGUUGUCGCGGAAUUCAAGGAAACACUUCUGCACGCCAUUCUUGAGGCUGAGCUAAACCCCAACCUCGCAGUUGUCCAGAUGGUGAUCGACGCUGGGGUAGGCGUCAACGCCUUGGACAUUGAUGGGUUUUCGCCUCUCUGGUGGUCUGUUACCAAUGGUCAUGAAGAUGCCUUUGAACUUCUUCUCACUCAUGGAGCGGACCCGCACAUACAGACCUAUCACGGAACAAUUUUACAUGAGGCGGUUGCCUAUGAACGAGAGAAGCUGGUGAAACGCGCCGCGGAGCUUGGGGUUGAUCUAUCUGUGCGGGACGGCGAAGCAAACGAGACCGCAUUAAUGCUGGCUACUCGUCGUGGACUUGACAAACUUAUUCAGAUGCUUAGGAAUGCAGGCGCCGAGACCUGA